AUGGGUUGUGUUCACUUCGAGUCAUCAGAUCCAUGGACACGCUCUGUUCACGAGAAGCCAAAUGUUGAAACAUCGAACACAGUUUCUCUACAACAAGACGACAACGGCGGAGGUGGAAUCCAAGAAGCUUGGUCUGGGAUCGAGAAUCGCGUUGUAAGUUUCGCCGGAGAGAACAAGCUGGAGAAGAGGAAGAGCCAGGUGUUGCUUGAGGGAUACGUUGAGGCUGCUGCGACAGAUGAUCAAGACGAUCUGACGAGAGCCAAGAGCUUGACGGAUGAUGAUCUCGAGGAGCUUAAAGGUUGUUUAGAUCUUGGUUUUGGAUUCAGCUACGACGAGAUCCCUGAGCUCUGCAACACUUUGCCUGCUUUAGAGCUCUGUUACUCCAUGAGCCAGAAGUUCUUGGAUGAUCAGCAGAACCACCAGAAGUCGCCGGAGAUGUCUCCGGAGGAAGAGGAUUCGCCGCCACCACCGACAACGACCAUCCCAAUUGCAAACUGGAAGAUCUCUAGCCCUGGUGAUAAUCCUGAUGAAGUAAAAGCUAGACUCAAAUACUGGGCUCAAGCCGUAGCUUGCACCGUCCGAUUGUGCAGCUGA